UCGAGAGGGAGCGGGGUGUGACAGGAUGGACGGUAUAUAUACGAGGAUCCAUCUAUCUGAGACCCUUCUUCGACUUUAUACCCUAGUAGGCCAAAUAAAAAAGGUAAUCAUGGCGCCCCCGUGGGUUCCCAGCGUCGCGGCCAUCGCUAACUCGUCGGCGGAGGACAUGGAGGAGCCCCUCGACUGCGGCAUCUGCUUCCUCCCACUCCACGCGCCGCCAGUCUUCAUGUGCGAAGCUGGGCACCUGAUCUGCUCGCCCUGCCGCGGAAUGCUCGGGCUGGCCGUGGGGAUGUGCCACGUCUGCAGUGCCAAGGCCGCCCGCCCCGGCUCUCGGCGGGACGACGGCCGCGACGUCUGGCCGGUCUACUACGCGCCCCGCGACCGCAUCGGCGCGCUCCGCGGGCCGUGCCGCUGCCCGGACAACGCCUGCGGCUUCGUCGGCAACACGGCGGCGCUCCUCUGCCACUUCGUCAGCGCGCACGACUGGCCAGUCCACGCCGGGGUGACCUCCGGGGACAGCAUCGCCGUGCGCCUGCAGGACGGCAUCAACAUCGUCGCCGUGGACUGCAUCGGCGGUGCCUCCGAGCAAGACAGCCCGGAAUUCCCCGGGCGGUAUCUGCUCGUACUAGAGGUGUUCCAGCAGACGUUCGGCCGCACGGUCUUUGCGUUCUGCCUACGUCCCGGUGCCGCCACCAUGGACGGGCUGAUCUUCUGGGCGAAGGAGGCGCAGUGCCAUCUCAGCCUCUCCUACUCGCGCAACAUCCUCGACGGCGACGAUGACAAGCCGCUGGUUCAAUGCUACUACCAGACAACCAAGGCCAGCGUGACGUGCACCGAUCUCUCCAGCGGGCUGCCCGACGCCGAGGACUGCUUCCAGGCUCACGUGUACCGGUCCGUCGACCUGGAGGAUAACGAAGAUACCGUCGAGGUGACGCUGAGGGUUGUCAUCCACUGAUCCCUGGAGGGUUACAGCAAGGUGAAAUUGUUUGUGCUAUAUUUGAUUGAUCUGAAAUCUGUUGUGUCUUGUUUGGGGUGCGGUGGUGGUGCCGUAUUCCUUGGUUGUUAUGUUACAUCUGCCGAAACUGUAGUAUCAUGCGGUUAGAUGUUAUAUACUCUUUAUACUUGAGCAUGUUAUAUGUCACCAUAGUUGGAAUGUUCGUAUUGUUCAUACAAUUACAUACUCAUCUAUUACA